AGCGUGGAGAUGGCUUGGAGACAUGUCCCCAGCAAUCAAGGCCGAGCUGCAUCUACAUUGGGGGCGGGUGGCUACCAAGGAUUAUGGCAGAUAUAUCCAGGCGGCCUUGUGAAGCUGUGCGGUUCAAGUCACGAUGGUAUUUAUUAUGUUGAAGUUCGUUAUUCCUCUUCUGUCGACACGGCUUAUCGCACCAUCUGGCACGUACGUGUGAUUUACAUUGCUUGAAGAUGGCGCCGGGUAUCCUGGUGCAAGAUCAUCCCGAGCCACAUCUGAAUGGAUUGGCAAACAAUGACACACACGACUACGAAGUUACGGAGAAGCCGUUGGGCGAGCCCAGGAAGCUUCGAGUAAUCACCAUCGGAGCAGGUGCCAGCGGGUUGAACAUGGCUCGACAAAUUGAGUCGCACAUGAAAAAUGUUGAGCACAUUGUUUACGAGAAAAACGAAGAUGUUGGUGGAACAUGGUUCGAGAACAGAUACCCCGGUUGCGCGUGUGAUAUUCCUAGCCACAACUACCAAUUUACCUGGGAGCCAAAUCCAGAUUGGAGCACUUUCUACUCUGCUGCUCCAGAGAUCUUGAGCUACUUCAAGUCUUUGGCGACCAAGUACGAGCUGUACAAAUACAUCAAGCUCCGCCACAAAGUCUCAGAAGCCGUUUGGCACGAGGACACCAGCAGAUGGCUCCUCAAAAUUGAAGAUAUGACCACUGGCCAGAUUGUGGAUGAUUGGUGUGACUUCUUGAUCAAUGGAGCCGGGAUCCUGAACAACUGGAAAUGGCCCGACAUUCCGGGGUUACAUUCAUUCAAAGGGACUCUGGUUCAUAGUGCCAAUUGGCCAAAGGAUGUUCACUUGAAGGGCAAGACAGUCGCCGUAUUGGGAUGUGGAUCUUCCGCGGUCCAGAUCGUGCCGACAAUCCAGCCAGAGGUCAAGGACCUGGUGACAUUCAUACGCUCGCCGACAUGGAUUACGGCCGGUUACGCUCAGAGUAAGGCAGGCCCCGGGGGAUCCAAUUUCCACUUUAGUGAGGAACAGAAACAGAACUUUAGAGCCGACCCAAAAAGCUACCUCGAAUAUCGCAAAGAUAUUGAGCAUGAGCUGAAUACCCGGUUUAAAUUCAUUAUCAAGGACAGCCCUGAGCAGGAAGAGGCGCGACAGUUCUCCAUGAAUGAGAUGAAAACCAAAUUGGGCCACGACCCGCGUCUGGUCAAGCACCUGAUCCCCAAUUUCGCCGUCGGAUGUCGGCGUCCUACCCCAGGAAACGGCUACCUCGAAGCCCUCACGCAGCCCAAUGUGAGAGUGGUCACGGAUCACAUCAAGAAGGUGGUCGAAGAAGGCAUUGUCCUAGAAACUGGUGAGAUAAUCAAGGUGGACGUCUUUAUCUGUGCGACCGGGUUCGACAUCUCGUUCUUCCCGCGAUUCCCCUUGAUCGGUCGCGGAGGUGUGUCGUUGGCCGACCAAUGGAAAGACAAGCCAGAGGGCUACCUGUCUCUGGCCGUCAACAAUUUUCCAAAUUACUUUAUGUUCUUGGGCCCGAGCUCCCCUGCCGGCCAUGGCUCCAUCUUGCCCAUCAUCGAACAUGCGACCAAAUACAUGGUCAAUGUGAUGAAGAAGGCCCAGACCCAGGGUAUCAGAAGUCUAGCGCCCACCAAGGCGGCCGUGGACGACUACAACGUCCACGUCACGACCUAUAUGAAGCGAACUGCUUGGAGCACGGCCUGUCGGUCGUGGUUCAAGAAUGGCAAGAUAGACGGACCCGUUGUCGCUUUGCACCCGGGGAGCCGUAUUCAUUGGUUCCACAUGCUGGACCGUCCACGAUACGAGGAUUUUGAGAUUCAGACCUUCUCCCCGAAUCGAUUUCAGUACCUUGGCAACGGGUUUUCCACCAGAGAAGCGCCUGGCAUUGACACCGCGAGUUACUUCGAUGACCCAGAUAAAGGCUUUGAGGAGUAUUGAGUGGGCUCAUUUUCGAGCCAAUGUUAUACCUUCGGUCACUGGUGGACAAUAGCACCACCACAAGACAGGUUGUUUAAGAUAGACCAAUGUCUACAGGGGGAUCCUGGGGCUUGCAGUUACCGAUACCACUAGUGGAAGACAGUCGUCAGCGAGCAAUAAUACGGAGUGUCAAAGAGAAGUUCCACCCUUUCUUGCUUAAGGAAAUCUCCAAGGGAUUUCUGCUAUCGACUGUCCUAUACUGUGAUUCUGUGAAUGUGGAUUGGUGGAUAGCCAUUACUCGCCAGUCUUUCAAGCAUACAUAUCAUGCUCAAUAUUUGAAUCCCCGCUAGAGCUGAGGAGCCCC